AUUAUAUCGUGUUCUUGACUUCUUUCUACCCAGUCAUGUCACUGCAGACUAACGAUUUCAGAAAGUCCGCCCAGUUGAGUUGAGACGGGCUGUCCUAGGCUGUGAUUCUAUGUAUCCGAGAUAGUUCCAUAGCUGUAUCUCAUGCCAGCAGAAGAGGAAGAAUGCCCAUCAGGAAGUCGAGCAGCCACAUUCCGACACAUAUUCGGACAAAGCACAGCACGCGGCGAAUGGUUUGAUUGGGGCGCCGGGCAUGGCUCAUGUCUGGUCGCUAAUCCGAAAUUCAUUGCGGUAGCGCUCGAGGGAGGCGCUGGAGGGCAAAUUUUGGUAGGCACACUCGAAGAUUUUGGCAAGCAUGGUCGCACUGGACUGGCUUGGUUGCAAGAUCAUACGAAUGCGGUCACCGAUAUCAAGUGGAAUGGCUUCAAUGACAAUGUGCUUGCAAGCGGUUCAGCAGAUUGUUCGGUACGAAUCUGGCAUGUCACUGAUCAGCUGAAGUCACAAUGUGUCCGAACACUUACUCGCCAUACUCGUCGUGUUGAUCAAGUCGAAUGGCAUACGACAGUGGAUAAUGUGCUGCUUUCGGCCGGAUCCGAUAGCAAGAUUCUCCUCUGGGAUAUAGAGGCCAAUUCUGUAAUUUACGAGAUUUCCGAUUUUUCUUCUUCGUGUAUAGCAUUUUCGCCUAAUUCUUCGCUUUUUGCCGCUACUUCGCGUCAAUCACAUCGGGUCUGUAUAUUUGAUGCUCGCACUGGUAAUGCACUGAAGAGCGCCGUACUACCGCAUGACGGAGGAAUGCCUCCAAAGGUAGUGUUCGCCAGUGCUCAACGUUUGGUAACAUUUGGUAACACAAGAAUUAAUCGACGACAGUUUGCGAUUCAUUCCAUAUCGUCUUUCGGUUCAUCUCUAGCCACAAUCGAUGUCGACGGUUCUUCAGGCCAACUUUGCCCACUAUUCGAUCCAGAUCUCAACCUUCUUUAUGUUUCUGGCAAGGGUGAUUCGACGUUCCGCUUGUAUGAAUUUGUAAAUCGACCCCCUUAUGUGAUUUAUUUGACUGAAUGUCAACAACAGGCACCUCAUACUUGUAUAUGUACUAUAUCUAAAAGAGCUCUAAAUUUAACCGGUGCCGAAGUGAUGCGAGUGUACAGACUGCACCCCCAGUCACUGCUUAUUCAACCACUUUCCUUCAUAGUUCCACGGCGGUCAGACCAAUUUCAUCCGGACCUCUAUCCACCAACCAGAGGGCCCACACCCGCUGCAUCAUUAGCUGAGUGGCAAGCAGGGCUUGACGUUGUUCCCGUUCAACUUCAGUUGAGGCCUGGACAGCUAACAACCACAUCGAAACCGGUGUUACUGAAGGGACGUGGUAGUCCAAAACUUAUCACUUCUGAUUUGAACAACGACAGAAAAUUUAGGUUUUUAUCAAAGAUAACGAGGCCAGAUUAUCGCGCAGUUGAGGAGAGAGAAGAUUGUGAGGAAAUUACGAAACUGAUUGAGGUCACGCAUAAAAUCCAUGAAGGGCAGCGAAACAUCAGCCCCAAAUUCGACAAGGAAGAGCUGGACGAAGCCACGGAUGCCGUAGCAGAAUUGCAACGAAGUGUGUCCUCCGUGGACUCGGAAAACAUUCAAACUCCUCAGUCUUCCGUUGAGGAGCCCCUAGUCAUUCCGAAGCCACCAUCGCCAGUUGUCAUCGACAUCGUCCCUCCUCCUGCACCUCCAUCGGUCUCUGAACCGAUUGAUAUACGAAAGCCAGGCUCUCGCUCUUCCUACCAUGGCUCGUCCAUCACACCACCUACGAAAGCAGAAAGACUGAAGAUAUCGCCGUCACCAAGGCAUCUUUCACUGGACAGACAACCAAAGCAGCGAGCAAUCAGCCCGAAUCCUCCGCUGCGAUGUCCUGGGGAUGCGCGCAUCUCGCCACGGCUCAGCCCUUUGCCGUUGCACAUUUUAGAUCCACCAACAAAGACUCGACCCAUAGAUGAACCGAUCAGAACCGAGUCGAAUCCAUUCAAACAGUACUUCCAACCAGAGGCGAAGAAUGGUCUGAGCAAGAAAAUCAGCAAUGCAAGCCGCCAAAGCGAUGAUUCGAUGCUUUCGCUAGCCACAUGCGGAACUGCGCCUAUUGUAACAGCUGAAAGUGUUGACGAUCUCGACACGGAAGUGUCAAUUCUGAAUGGCAAUGUUAGGGACGAUGGAUCAGGCAGCGAAACAGCACGAUCAUUUGAUGAAGGUCAUCGUUUACUGGAGAACACAGUGACCAUGCUCGAACGUCAGCUAAGAAGAUAUGAUGAGCGAAUUCAUCAGCUUGAACGACUUUGCGAAUUGCAACAGAAAGACAUGGAAAGCCUUCGCUACGAGAUCGCAUGGAAAGACGAACGCAUUGAAUAUCUACAGAAGACGCUAGCCGAAAUGGAGGACUCGUUGCCAAGCUCGUCAGCUGACCCCUAGCCCAGUUACCCCGGUGUCGCCCAUAGAAACACAUUUGCUCUUGCGCUCGCAACAAAAUGUCACUUUUCGCCGCACAUUCCCCAAAAGAGCACCUCAGCUGACCACGUAGGAGUGUCUGAUCUCUGACGAAGGACAUGAGAGUCUAAGCUGCUGCUAUAGCUCCAAGCGACAUAGUGCAUCAUUCAGUCAUCUGCUGCUGUGCUUUGCUGUGCAUCGUUGGUUGAAUUGUGCUUAUGUGUGUGUACUGUGCUUCUGUGCUCUGAUGAGAUAGAUUCAGUCGAAUAAACAAUCAUAUAUUCGAAAUAAACAG